AUGGAGCUCGACUUGAACUCGAACAUGGGCUGCUUUUUCAUUGGGGUAAUGAUUGCCACACCACUUUUCGGCCUCACUUGUGCUCAGGUCAUGUACUAUAUGCGCGAAUACCCAGGAGACAUGUUGGGCAUGAAAAUACUUGUACUACCUACGCACGAUCUGGAUCCAUCGGAAGUCUUCGGUAGAAAGUUCUACAAACUGCCGGUCGUGGGGACGCUGGUGGGUUCCAGUGUACAUGCCUACAACUAUGUAUUGAUUGGUGUCAAUUGUGAUCCAGCGAACUGUGCGAUAGGCUUAGUGGACCCCACACUCCCUGGCGUAUAUCAGCGGACGAGGGUUUCUGCGUCAGUACAGCCGGUUACCGCUUCUGUCACGGAUGUCUGCAUCACAGUUUGCCUAUGUUGGGCCUUACAUAACGAGAACACUGGAUUGAACCGUACAGACACCCUCGUUCGAAAGCUGAUGGUGUACGCAAUCAACCGGGGGAUUUUGACAUCAGUUAUCCAAGUCGGUCAAGCUGUCGCGUAUCUCGCAGCUAACACCACACUGUUCUACUGGUCCAUGUUCCACUUCCCGGGAAGCAAAGGUAGUUUGCUUCGCUUACUCGUUCAUUUCCUCGCUUACCCACUCGCUCUACCGCUUGGCGUUAUCUAG